AUGGCGCAAGACGAGUCUAUUGCCGAUGCUGAGAAGGAGGUGCUGGAGUUGGAAGCGCGUCUGGCCGCGGCGAGGGGGAAGUUGAAGAGUCUCAGUGGGCAGAAUGAGGAUCACUCAUUACCGUCGAGAAGUCUCCCGAAACCAUCUUCCUCACUCACGACGUCGAAUCACUAUCACCUUCUUCUGUCAGACUCGGCUCUUCCACUAGGCUCAUUCGCCUUCAGCAGCGGUCUCGAGUCCUACUUAGCGCACACCCGAGGCCGCUCCUCCUUCAACAUCUUCCUCCCAGAAUCCAUUUCGGCUUACGCCUCGACAACGCUCCCCUUCGUUCUCGCAGCGCAUCGCGAUCCCUCUGCGGUCGCGGAGUUGGACGACUUUCUCGACGCAGCAAUCAUCUGCACCGUCGGCCGCCGCGCCUCCAUAGCGCAAGGCCGCGCGCUGCUGUCUAUCUGGGAACGCUCCUUCGUCUCGUCUCUGCCCCGCGAUGUAGUCGAGACAUUACAGCCGUACGCGGCCAUGUUAAAGUCUGCGUCGUCCAGACCGAGCGCCGAUGAGUCUGACGACCCGCCAUUGGUGUUUGCGCACCUGGCGCCCCUUUUCGGGGCCAUCUGCAACUUGGUGGGGCUCACCCUGCAUCAGACGGCGUAUGUCUUCAUGAUGGGCCACAUCAAGGCUCUGGUAUCGGCGGCCGUGAGAGCGAGCAUGUUCGGGCCAUACCAGGCGCAGAAGGUCCUUGCUAGUGGACAGGUCCAACAAAUCAUCACUGCCGCUAUCGAGAGGGAGUGGGAGACACCAGUAGAGCGAGCCGGGCAGACGAUGCCCGUCAUGGAUUUAUGGAUAGGCAGACACGAAGUUCUGUAUUCACGAAUAUUCAACAGCUGA